AUGCAGACUAAAGUGGCUUCAGAGGAGGGCAUGCCCAAAGUGGCAUCAGAAGAUGGUAUGCUUGAGCAUAAAAUAUGCUUGGAAAUGGAGAGAGAGCUAGAAUUAGUAAACUUAAAGGAGCAAUACAUUUUGGAAGAGAUAAAGUCAUUAAAGAAGGAACUUAUAAAGUCACAGCAGGCGAUUGAACGGGUGAAGAGUGUUCCUUUGAUAAUGGGACACUUUUUAGAGGCAAUAGAUUCUGAUACUGCUAUAAUUGGGAGCACUGCUGGGUCUAACUCAAUAGUAAAGGUACUAUCUACGGUGAAUAAAGAACUAUUAAAACCAAACACGAGUGUAGCUCUGCACAGACACUCUAGUGCAUUAGUAGAUGUACUGCCUCCUGAGGCAGAUAAUAUAUUCUCUGUGUUGGGAGAAGAGGGCAGGCCCAAUGUUAAGUAUUCUGACAUAGGAGGGCUAGACAGUCAGAAACAAGAAAUACGUGAGGCAAUUGAGUUACCACUGACAGACUUGGCACUGUACCAGCAAAUAGGAAUAGAGCCACCAAGAGGAGUUCUUUUAUACGGACCACCUGGUACUGGAAAGACUAUGUUGGUUAAGGCCGUAGCACACCACACAAAAGCAACAUUUAUUCGAGUGAACGGGUCAGAGUUUGUGCAGAAGUAUUUGGGUGAGGGACCAAGAAUGGUAAGGGAUAUUUUCCGACUGGCGAUAGAGAAAGCCCCUUCAAUUAUUUUUAUAGACGAGGUAGACUCUAUUGCCACUACUCGAUUUGACUCUGCAACAAGUGCGGACAGAGAAGUACAGAGAGUGCUAAUUGAGCUGUUAAACCAAAUGGACGGAUUUGACCAGACAACAAAUGUAAAGGUAAUUAUGGCCACAAACAGAGCAGAUACUAUUGACCCAGCACUGCUCCGACCAGGGAGGCUAGAUAGAAAGAUUGAGUUCCCCGUACCAGACAGGAGACAGAAAAGAAUGAUCUUUACCACAAUAACCAACAAAAUGAGUCUUUCCAGCGAAGUAAACUUAGAGGGGCUUGUAGUACGGUCAGACAAAUUGUCGGCAGCUGAGAUAAAUUCAAUCUGCCAGGAGGCAGGUAUGCUUGCUGUAAGGAAUGGCAGGUAUAUGGUAAUCCAGAGCGACUUUGAAGCAGCAUAUGCAAGAAUAGUAGAGAAGAAGAAUUCAGAGCACGGAUUCUAUUACUGAUGAAAAUAAAC